AGCAGCACUGCACUGGACCUCCUCGAAAGCAGCAGCAGAAGAAAUAAUCCUUUUUACAGAUGGAAAAGCUGACCUUCCUGCUGCUCUGCCUUCUGGAUGUUCUGGUGCAUCUGAGUAGCGCACAGCAUCGCCAUCCUCCGCGCCCCCGACGAGACCCGUGGAAGCACCGGUUCGAGUGGGUGAACAACGGCCGGGUGUUUAGCUUGCUGAGCACGGGGACCCAAUACCGAGCUCCUGUUCAAUCCAGAGGCAGAACCCAGCUCCUGUUGACCACCUUAAACCGAGCUCACAUCCCACCUCCAACGAGAAGAACAUCCAGAGCUCAGGUUGGUGCAGACACUGCUGAUCCUGGACAGAAUUUGGUUCAGAGAGACCAACCAUGGGCACCACGCAGGGCAGCGGCCUUCAAUAAUCAGGAGGUUUCGGGAGAUGGACAAAGCCCAACUUUGGAUGUCACAAGUGCGCCGACGCAACCACCUGCGGUUUUUACACGCAGACCCGAACCCUUGACAUCGACAUCCCGGUCCACAGUAGCCAGUAAGACAGAAACUCCAAAUAGUGUGCAAAGAGCUCAACCGGAAUCAACUGACGCACCAGUGAUCCUGUCCAGAAAUGUGGUGGAGGUUCACUAUACUCAACAGAGAACCGAUCCGAUUCGCACUACCAACUCAAGUGAGCUGCGACGCGAUCCACAUAGGAACUCCGUUUUCUAUAACGUAUACCCACCCGACCAAAGGAACAGGGUCCCUGCGCGACCAGUUCUACCAGGACCUGGCCAGAGUACUAGCUUCUUCCAUAAUGGUCUCCCUGACUUGAUUCCUGACCCCUACUACAUCCAAGCUGCAUCAUACAUCCAGAGAGUGCAAAUGUUUGCACUCCGCUGUGCCGCUGAAGAGAACUGCCUGUCUAGGUCCGCGUACGAUCCAAGUGUGAGUGAGCUGGAUUACAGAGUUCUUCUCAGAUUCCCCCAGCGUGUGAAGAACCAAGGAACGGUGGACUUCCUCCCGAAGAAGCCUAGGCAUGAGUGGGAAUGGCACAGCUGUCAUCGGCAUUACCACAGCAUGGAGGCUUUCAGUAACUACGACCUGCUGGAUCCCUCCAAUGGACACAAAGUGGCAGAGGGCCACAAGGCUAGUUUCUGUCUGGAGGACACGUCAUGUGAGCGUGGUGUACGGAGACGCUUUGCCUGCACUACUCAUACACAGGGGCUUAGUCCUGGUUGCUUUGACACCUAUCAUGCAAACAUCGACUGCCAGUGGAUCGACAUCACUGACGUGCCGCCGGGAAACUACACACUCCAGGUGACUGUAAAUCCUUAUAAACUCGUCGAGGAGUCGGAUUUCUCUAACAACGUGGCCAAGUGUGACAUCCGGUACACAGGAAGCUACGUGCAAGCAACAAAUUGCAGGAUCACGAAGAGCUGACCUGAGUGACAGCACGUUGCUGUAGAUACAUCCUGCUGCUGAAAUAGUUCUACAAAGAGGGCUAAAAUGUUGCGACAUUUUAAAUUAUUACAAUAUUUUUUUAGGAUAAUGUUCAGCUUGUGUAAAAUGCACGACUUUUGUCUAUUGUGUAAUAACAGAAGCAUGAAACUGGGUUUGUGCUUCUUUUUAUUGUUUUGUUUUGUUUUAUAAAAGGGAACGGAAUAGCAAAGGCUGUGAACAGGAAUGUGUUGUGUGCCAAUGGGGUAUUGUGAUCUUUCUUGCAUGUAUUAUUUAAAAUGUUUCUUGUUUUUUUUUACCCUGACAAGUGUGUAUUUAUA